UGCGUUAAUAUAUAAAGAAGAGGUCAAUGCCAUAAAGCAAUGACUCACUAUCAUCAUUGAAUGUCCAAUACAGAAAAACAAAAAGGCAGUAGUAGCUGUUCAAAUCAUCCUCUGGUCCACCUUUUUAAAACUUUUCUUCCCAAGUAAGCAUCCCUAUUAAAGAAUUACGGGCUGAUCUAAAGAAGGCAACAAGAGAGCACUAGCAGGCCAAGUAUUACAGAUAAAAAUAUCACCAAGCAGUUGAGUGAAGACAUCAGAGAGUAUGCAAUCACCUUGCUUCAAGGCAGCUGAACGAGUAUGCCUGUACCGUUGCUGCACCAGUCCCCUACUUGUUACCAGUGAGGACCAGGAGCCCCAAAAGACGAGCUCCAAGUCCAAAAGCACAUUGGCUAGUUGCCGGCAAGGCUUUGCUGCCAUAACUGCUUCCACUUUCUUCCCAAACACACACUUCACCAACCAUGAAAAUCUCCCCUCUCUGCAAGAAUCACUUGUCCAAUUCACCAAAGCAUAUCCUCGAUAUUCAGAGACGUCCCAGGUGGACCAAAUACGAGGUGAAGAGUACUAUCAUCUAUCACUCUCCAAACACAUCUGCCUGGAUUACAUUGGUAUUGGUCUCUUUUCCUACUUACAAAUUCAGUCUCAGUUUUCCUCAGCAGUCCCAGAAACAUCAUCUUCUUCUCCGCCUCCAAGAAUUUCUGAUGCUUCAUUCUUCAAUCUAUCAUACAAAUCAGUUAACCUCAAGUCGCAACUACUUCAUGGAGGCCAAGGAUCACAUCUGGAAUCUGUCAUCAGGAAAAGGAUCAUGGAUUUUCUUAAUAUUUCUCAAAAUGAUUACUGUAUGGUAUUUACUGCAAAUAAAUCAUCAGCUUUCAAGCUACUAGCAGAAUCCUACCCUUUCCAACACAGCCGAAACCUUCUCACAGUUUAUGACUACGAGAGUGAAGCACUGCAGACCAUGGUGAAUACAUCAGAGAGAAGAGGAGCCAAAAUCAUGUCAGCUGAGUUCAAGUGGCCACGGCUAAGGGUUCACUCAACAAAACUCAGGAAAAUGAUUGGCAGGAAGAAUAAAAAGAAAAAACACCAGGGUCUAUUUGUCAUACCCCUCCAGUCGAGAAUGACUGGUGCCAGUUACUCUUAUCAGUGGAUGAGUAUCGCACAAGAAAAUGGCUGGCAUGUCUUGCUUGACGGCUGUGCAUUGGGACCAAAAGACAUGGGCAGCUUUGGGCUUUCACUCUUCCGUCCUGACUUCCUCAUUUGCUCCUUCUACAAGGUUAUUGGGGAAAACCCAACCGGAUUCGGAUGCCUCUGUGUGAAAAGAUCUACAGUUCAAAUUCUGGAAGCUUCCACGGGUACCGGAAUAGUAAGUCUUGUACCAGCAAAUCAACCCUCUCAGGAAGAUUCUUCUGGUACAGACACAGAACUAGAACAGAUAUCCAUACCUGAGGCAAAAGAAGAAAUGGAUAGAGAGAUUUUUCCUUCAGGUCUUAUUGUUUCUCAAGGUAGACAAACUAAAAGGCCAACUGAAAGUGAGACUGCUACGACACAAGAAAUGGAUACUACCUCAAAAGCAGAAAGACUGGGAGAUUCAGAAACUAUGAAAUCUAAAAGGGCCAUUGUCUCAUACAACAACAGCGAUGUUAAACUACCUGAAAAUGAAGGAGCAGGCAUGCAAUUUAGGUGUCUGGAUCACGUGGACUCAUUGGGACUGAUGCUGAUUAGUAGCAGAGGAAGAUACCUGAUCAAUUGGCUGGUUAGUGCGAUAGUCAAGCUUCAGCAUCCUAACAGGUUGGAUAACUUUCCCCUGGUAAAAAUCUAUGGGCCAAGGAUUAAAUUUGACCGAGGACCUGCAUUGUCAUUUAAUAUAUAUGACUGGAAAGGAGAAAAGGUUGACCCUAUACUGGUGCAGAAACUUGCAGAUCGCAAUAAUAUUUCUCUCAGCACUGGGUUUUUACACAACAUUUGGUUCUCAGAUAAGCAUGAACAAGAGAAGGAUAAAAUCCUGGAGACAAGAAAGAGUCAAGAAAAGGAGAAGGCAAGAAACAAGAGUAGAAAGGCUGAUCAAAAAAUACAAAUAGUUACAGCUGCACUUAGUUUCCUGGCCAAUUUUGAAGACAUGUACAGGUUUUGGGCUUUCAUAGCUCAAUUUCUGGAUGCAGACUUUGUGGAGAAAGAGCGAUGGAGGUACACAGCUCUUGAUCAAAAGACAGUGGAAGUCUGAGGUUAACACCUGUGUAGAAAAGAGAUUAGUGUUUUCACAACUAACAUUUUUGAGGUUGAAUUCGAAAAUGCUCAGCAUCAUCUUAAAAUUGUAUCUUGCAUCUAAAUUAUGAGGAAAGACCUGAUCAUCUUGUAAUAACUAACAUUUGAGUAAGCAUUUUCUGUGUCCUUUCUUUUCAACAGAGGAAAUAGAAGUCAUCUAUUUGGCUUCUUUUAGCAA